AUGCCAACCCUCUACGUCGGCACAUACACGCGCAAGGAAGGCCACGUGAAUGGCCACGCGAAGGGCAUCUACGCCUACUCGUUCGACGACUCCACGGGCGCGUUAAAGCUGCUCAAAGUGACGGAGGGCGCCGGUAUCAAUCCGUCCUACAUUUUCGGGACCAACUCGACGCUCUACGCUGUAAAUGAGAGCAACGAGCCGUCCCAACUGCACCCGGGAGAGGAGACGGGCUUCGUGUCCGCCUACAAGAUCGAAAAGGACGGCGGGCUCACGCAGGUCAGUCGCCACGAGACUGGCGGGGCGUACACGUGUCACGUGGCUCUCAGUCCUAACGGAGACUUCGUAUCCGUUGCUAACUACGGCGGUGGCAGCCUCUCGCUCUACCCUGUGAACGCGGACGGCUCGUUGGCCCCUGCCUCGGACCACCACCGCUACGACGGCGCCAGUAUGGCCAUCCCGGACCGCCAGGAAGCCUCACACAUCCACAGUACGGUGUGGACGCCGACUGGUCUCCUUGCCGCUGACUUGGGCACCGACCGCCUCGUACAGUACAAACUAGACGCGGCCGGUAAGAAACUAGUGGACGAGGAGUUCAUCACGCGUCCUCCUGGCUCAGGUCCGCGUCACUUCGCGCUUUCCCCGGAGCUCGGCGUGGGCUACGUCAUCAACGAACUUGACAACACCGUGGGCGUGUACCCACUUGACGCCAAAACCGGCAAGUUGGGCCACGAGGCACUGCAGAACAUCUCGACGGUACCUAAAGACUACUCUGGCCCCGCUCCACUGGCGUCGGACAUCCACAUCUCAACGAACGGCAAGUUUGUAUACGCAGCCACGCGCUUCUGCCACAGCAUCGCCAUCUACAAGAUCCUACCCGACACGCGUCUCGAGCUCGUGGAGAUUCUCCCCACGCGCGGCGAGACGCCCCGCGACAUCCUGCUCUACAAGGACUUUGUGCUGGCGCUCAACCAGGACACCAACAGCCUCGACGUCUUCCGCGCCGACAGCGAGACUGGCAAACUCACGUACACGGGCAACUCCAUCGACUGCCCGUCGCCGUCGUCCAUGUUUAUCGCCCAAUAAAAACUAUCCCUCUUGAUAGGUUAAAGCACCGUAGCUCAAUUAACCUAUCUAAAUACCGUACUUAA